UGUCUCGUGAUCCGUCGGUCGUGGAAAUUAAUUACAGUAUUGACAUUCACAGCUUUCGACGGGUAAAUGUAUAAAAAGUUCAUUUGAACUACUUUAUAAAUAUAUUGUUUUUCCUCGUGCGUUAUUCAGCUUUAGGACCAAAAUGCUGCCUAAAAUCAUUAAUUUGACAGUUAAGGACGUGAGGUUUCCGACGUCUUUGGAGCACCACGGUUCAGACGCGAUGCACACUGAUCCGGAUUAUUCAGCCGCAUACGUCGUUGUGAACACAGACGUCGGCCUGAAAGGCUUUGGUCUGACUUUCACUUUGGGAAAAGGAACAGAGAUCGUGGUCUGUGCUGUGGAGGCCCUGGCAGGACUGGUUGUGGGUAAAUCCUUACAGGAGAUUGUGGGUGACUUUCGUGGAUUUUACCGCCUGUUGACCAGUGAUGGACAGAUGAGAUGGUUGGGACCAGAGAAAGGAGUGAUUCACCUGGCCACAGCUGCAGUCUUGAAUGCUGUGUGGGACCUCUGGGCAAGAGCAGAGGGAAAGCCACUGUGGAAACUGCUUGUAGACAUGGACCCCAAGCAAGUCAUUUCGUGCAUUGACUUCCGAUACAUCACUGAUGUGUUGACAGAGGAGGAAGCGCUACGGAUACUUCUGGAAGGACAAGAGGGCAAACAGCAGAGAGAGGAUCAAAUGCUGAAAGAGGGUUACCCUGCCUACACCACUUCCUGUGCUUGGCUCGGAUACUCAGACCAGCAGCUCCAGCAGCUCUGCACAGAUGCCCUCAAUAGUGGCUGGACCAAAUUUAAGGUGAAAGUUGGUGCUGACUUUGAGGAUGACAUACGCAGGUGCAGCCUCAUAAGGGAAAUAAUUGGACCAAAUAAUAUCUUGAUGAUUGAUGCCAAUCAGAGAUGGGAUGUACAGGAGGCUAUCACUUGGGUGUCCAAACUAGCCAAAUUCAAACCUCUGUGGAUCGAGGAGCCCACGUGUCCGGAUGAUAUUCUGGGUCAUGCUGCUAUAUCUAAGGCCUUGGCUCCACUUGGUAUUGGGGUGGCAACAGGGGAACAGUGUCACAACAGGGUGAUGUUUAAGCAGUUCCUCCAGGCUUCAGCACUGCAGUUUGUACAAAUAGACAGCUGUCGACUGGGCAGUGUCAACGAGAAUCUGGCUGUCCUGCUGAUGGCCAAAAAGUUCCAGGUACCAGUGUGCCCUCAUGCCGGAGGUGUUGGUCUGUGUGAACUCGUCCAGCAUCUGAUUCUGUUUGACUACAUCUCUGUGUCUGCAAAUCUGAGCAACAGAAUGUGUGAAUAUGUGGACCAUCUCCAUGAGCACUUCACCAGUCCGGUGGUGAUUCGCAAUGCCCAUUAUAUGCCCCCCAAGGAUCCAGGCUAUUCUUGUGAGAUGGUGGAGUCAUCUGUGCAGACACACCAGUACCCAGACGGAGAUGUUUGGCAAAGGCACCUGAACAAAUGAAAACUUAUCUGGAAACAUUUUGUGAUUAUAUGACGUUUACUUCACACACACUUCCCUCCAAUAAGAAAGUCUUUUCUGUCGCUUGUAGCACAGCUGACUGCUGCUUUCUGCAACAGCUGAUGCGCUACUGUAAAUGUAAUGUACGGUAAUUAUUUUAGAGCAAGUAGAUCAAAGGAGCUGGCCCAGCAGUAUGUAGACCUGGGUUCGAAUCCCAUUCCUAACUGUCCGUGAUCUUGGAAAAGACUGUGAUUUGUUGUGGUCCACAGUACUGGCUUUGAGUGGGUGGACUAAAUGUAAUGUAAGCACUUUGAGCAUCUGCUAGGUAAAGCACUACAGAUGUACAAGUCUCAUUGGAUCUGCUAGCAACAUCAGGAAUACAUAUCUCUUCGCCUUCUUCCAUGGGCAAGGUCAUCUGUUGUUGAAGUAGGUGUUUCAAGAAUAACAGCAAUUAUUACCCAAUUACCCAGGCUAGCUACAGCACAGUGGUGUUGGACAGCAGUGGCAUUUUCCAUAUGAUUCGCAGCCAUAAAUGGUGAGUGAAGUCCCAGAUAUGGACAUUUGGUUCUUCAGUGAUGUUCUUAAUAUGGUGGCCAGUUCCCAGAAGGCAACUCGGGACACAUUUUGGAGUCAGAAUUAGUGGGUGCCACCACAGAGAUAAGACUAAAGCUGUGCUGUUUGACAAUUCAGUCGUCCAUCACCAGUGGCUGACUGACAUCACAUUGUGGGGCCAACCUGCCAUGCACACACAUUCCAUUUUCCCUGCAAUUACAUAAAUAUGUACAACCCCUGGCAAAAAUUGUGGAAUCACCGGCCUCAGAGGAUGUUCAUUCAGUUGUUUAAUUUUGUAGAAAAAAAGCAGAUCACAGACAUG